AUGCUCGCUACUGUUCUUCGUCGCUUUGCCGCCCUCGCAGUGGCCUGCUUUGUGCUCCAGCUCACCACUGCUGUUGCGAGCCCGACGCCGUUUGACAGACUUGAUGUGCAGGCCCGCGAUGUGCUUGCGGACCUCACACCGAGGUCCUACGACGAGCGUGGACUUGUCGCACGUGCUACGCCGGCUGCGCCUCACUUUGUGGUCUACGGCGACAAGUACGCUCCUGGAACAACCGGCCCUCCUGAUGCAUCGACGAUCAAGGGGUUCAACGUCUUCUUGCUCUCGUUCCUCUUGACGGAAGGCGCCUGGGACAAGGCAUAUGAAUGGACGACGCUGACGGCCGACCAGCGCGCCGCCGUGAAGUCGCAGUACGCCGCGGCGGGUAUCAAGCUGAUGGUAUCCGUGUUCGGUUCGACGGACGUGCCCACCUCCUCAAGGAACGACCCCGUCGGGACCGCGAACACGAUCGCGGCCUGGGUGAAGCAGUGGGGCUUGGACGGUGUCGACGUCGACUACGAGGACUUCAACGCGAUGGAUGCGGGAACGGCCGAGGCCUGGCUGAUCUCGUUCACGACACAGUUGCGUGCACAGCUCCCGGCGGGGAACUUUAUCAUCACACAUGCGCCCGUUGCUCCUUGGUUUACGCCGAACAAGUGGCCGGGUGGAGGAUACCUCAAGGUUCAUCAACAAGUCGGCAGUUUGAUUGACUGGUACAAUGUCCAGUUCUAUAACCAGGGCACGUCAGAAUACACGACCUGUGCGGGUCUCCUGACGACGUCGUCGUCGACCUGGCCCAACUCGGCGCUCUUCCAGAUCGUCGCGUCCGGCGUCCCGGCGAGCAAGCUCGUGAUCGGGAAGCCGGCGAAUUCGGGCGAUGCGACCAACGGGUACAUCGCGCCGGCGACGCUCGCUGGGUGCAUCUCGCAGGCUAAAUCGCAGGGCUGGAAUGCUGGAGUGUCUGUCUGGGAGUUCCCGGAUGCCGCGGCGUCGUGGAUCCAGACUGUCCGAGCGUCGUCGUGGCCCGUCUGA